AUGUUGAGAACGACAAGAACGGUUUUUCCUUUUUCGUAUAAUUGCAGUCGUCCAUUGACUCGCAAACUGUAUAGCACUACGACCACACGUCCUUUAAAAGUUUCUGUCCUGGGUGCCGCCGGUGGCAUUGGACAGCCAUUGUCUUUGUUGCUGAAGCUGAAUCCUUACAUCUCUAAACUAUCGUUAUUUGACAUUCACGGUGCCGCUGGCGUCGCCGCCGAUUUAAGUCAUAUCGAUACCUCCAGCGAUGUACAAGGAUACGCUACUGAGAAUGGCGGUUUGGAGCGCUCGGUCCAGGACGCAAACGUGGUGAUCAUAUCAGCAGGUGUUCCUCGGAAACCUAAUAUGACUAGAGACGACUUGUUUGCAAUCAACGCGUCUAUCAUCCACAAGCUUGGAAGGGCUUGUGCUGUGGUGGCACCUAAUGCCAUAUACCUUGUGAUCACAAAUCCUGUCAACUCGAUGGUGCCCGUUCUGAAAAAUGCGCUUGCUGCCGGCGGCGUACGUGACUCCCGGAAACUUAUCGGCGUGACUACGUUGGACAGCGUGCGAGCGAGCAAGUUCCUUUCUCAGGUCAAGGGAGCCUCGCCAGAAACCAUUCGUGUGCCCAUUGUCGGAGGACAUUCUGGCGCAACUAUUGUGCCUUUGCUUUCACAAAGUGGCGUCCAACUGAGCGAAAAAGAACGUGACGAGAUCGUACACCGUAUUCAAUUUGGUGGAGAUGAAGUUGUUAAGGCCAAGGCUGGAGCCGGAAGUGCUACUUUGUCCAUGGCGUAUGCCGGAGCUCGGAUGACAAAUGCCGUUCUCCGUGGACUUUCUGGUGAAGUUGGCGUUACUGAAUGUGCCUAUGUUGAGUCGCCUCUCUAUACGGACCAGGGUGUCGAUUUCUUUUCGUCUCGGGUUACUUUGGGCAAAGAAGGAGCCGAGGACAUCCAUCCCGUCGGCCUUAUUAAUGACUACGAAACGGGCCUGCUUGAAACUUGCCUGCAGAACUUGAAGAAGAGUAUCAAAAAGGGUUUGUCUUUUGUUCCUUAA